AGUUUCGUACUGUACCUACUGAGUACCUACUUACUGACUGACUGUAGCUAGUUGUUGUCACACCGUAGUGUGCGUUGGACCAUGCAUGUCAUUCUAAACAGUGAAUGAAUAGUGCUGUUUAGAAACGCCUGAGGUGCGCGCUUUUGCGAUUUGCUCUAUAGGUAAAGUUCCUUUUAAAAAAGGACUUUACAAUUUUCCGUGAGAGUGAAAGUGAUUUAUAUUUUACUUCACACGUUUUUAUAAAUGUGACUAAAAGAAGAUGGCCGCUUUUAACGUUAUAUUCGGGUGUGUGAUGGCACUUCUUAUUAUCCUAUUCACAAUCAGCUCAAUCGCUAGAUAUUAUAUAAAGUUUACACUGUUCGUGGUGCUGUCGUUAAUAUUCGCUACAGCACCUCUGCCGUUGAUGUUCCUAAAGCCGUUCGAUCCUAAGAAUGCUUUGAUCCCAGCGGCAUUCCUCCGGCUAACAGCUCGGUUGCUCGGCAUCCGCUGGACGGUGCGUGGUCUGGAAAAUGUCGACGACUCCCGCGGGGCCGUUGUUUUGCUGAAUCACCAGAGCUGUAUUGAUUUAUACGUUUUAGCAGUCCUCUGGCCAUUAAUGGCAAGGUGCACCGUGGUGUCGAAACGGUCACUACAGUAUCUGGUGCCAUUCGGCACCGCCACCUGGAUGUGGGGGACGGUCUUCAUCGACCGGGGCGCGAGCUCUGCCCGCUCCGUCCUCAACAAGCAAUCCGAAGCCGUCAAGAAUCAUAAGCGUAAGCUGCUCCUAUUCCCCGAGGGUACGCGGCACUCGGGCGACAAAUUGCUGCCAUUCAGGAAAGGUGCUUUCCACGUUGCGUUGGACGCAGGAGCUCCCAUUCAGCCUGUCGUUGUCUCCAAAUACCACUUUUUGGACUCCGAAUCACACAGAUUUGGUUCAGGCGAAAUAAUUAUAACGAUUCUGCCUUUAAUCGAAACGGAGGGUACGAUAAAAGAAGACAUUUCAAAUCUGGUGGAGACUACGCAAAACAAGAUGCAAGAAGUAUUUAGCAGGACCUCUACGGAGACAUUUCCGAGGCUCUCUAUGCAUUAGAGUAAUUAGAAGGUAUAAGUAGCUAAUAAUAUAAUAAACGUAAAACGGGGCUGUGAUAAUUUCAAAUGUUCGUGGUAGUAACAUAUUAAAAAAAAAAUAUAAAUACAUA